UGAUGAAAUGCUUCCACGAAAUAAUGAGAUGGGUUGAAAACUGGCUUGUUUCUAAUGAGAAGCUCCACAAGCAUAACUCCAAAACUAUAAACAUCACUCCUCCCAGUCAGUUCAUACUCCUUGUCUAAGUAGCCAAUCCUACCGUGCAUGUACAAUUGUUGCCACAGGAGUAUGUUUCGAGUGAUAGAGAUCUUAAAUCACCCAAGUCAGAUACCUUUUUAGAAAAUUGUCAUGUAACAAUAUAUUGGCUGAUUUGACAUCCCUAUGGAGAACUGGCACUGUAGCAGCUAAGUGGAGAUAAGCAAGAGCAGUCGCAGUUUCUACUGCAAUCCUAAUGUGAUCAUCCCAUGAAAGCAAGAACCUAACAAUCGCUUAAGUGUGUCAAGGACAUAGAGUGUUCCAUUAGAUAUGAACUCAUAGACCAGCAAAGGCACCAAUGUUUCAAAAAAACUAAUCAUAGACAAUUGUUCUGGACUGACUUCCGAAGUCAAGAUAAAGCAUCAAACCUGGUGGAUAUAUACCGGCGUUCUCAGGCCAUUUGCAGUCCGAGCUCUCGUUGACUGUCGUCCUGCUAAUGGUCGGUGCAAUAUGUUCUCACUGCCAUGUGGUCCUUCCCCUCGAUCUGGCGCACAGUGUCGCGGGAUCACCUCGCUGACAGGUGGUCCUUCCUUGGACACAGAGGGGCACGGUUCAUGUGUCUUAACUCUUAAGCGGUGGCUUCAUUUUGUUCCCCUCUGUCUAUCUCUGGUAGGCGGUCCCUUUCUUCCUGGCCCGCAUGUCGAUCUUCUCUUCUGGUGUGUGGUGGCUGGCAGAUUGGGCGGGUGUAGGUCGGUCAGAUAAAUUGUUUGAUCAUUUUGUGUUCAUCAAAUGUCACAAUACAACAAGAGAUUCAAGGGAAACAAGAUACAUGGGCUAGGCUAUCUGAUGUGUACAGAUAAAUUCUUUUUCCAAUAUCAUCACAGAAGACAGCAAAAAAAGGGACGCGGAGUAUGUGAUGGCGAGCAUACAGGAGCUCGGUAUCAGGGACGUCCAGCAUUGCUAUAAGAUUCGGAGCAUUUAAUGUCUGAGCCACUCGGCUGGUCCAGCGGGAGCACGGGAAGUGAAGAUAUACUGAACCAUACACAUCUGACAGAUGGGGCAGGGUUGAACGCCGUCGACGGUCCCUGGAUGAGCCGUGGCUCGACGUUGUCGCCAGCGUCCUGAUCCGUGGACCAGGUACGGUGGUUCCCGCUAGCGCCGGCAGUGCACGCAGUUAAUGCAGUGGUUGGGCGACUCGGUGGAUAAGGAAGUGAAGUUGGAUUUGUGUCUUAUCGCGGUGGAGGGAGAGGUGGAGACAUUGACUCCGGCGACGGCGAGUGGGCGGUCCGGCGAUCUCGCAGGUGUUCCGCCGAGCAUGGAAUUCUUGCUGCAGCCAAUAAACAGAACUCUGCUUGAGGAGGUCAAUGAAAGUAACGGGACAAUGGAGCCCGUUCGGUUCCCAGUGGCCGCGCCGGCGGAGAUUCCUGCUCCAGCCCCGGCCGGGUCAAGUGCGGACGGCCAGAUCUAUCGGCCGGAAGCAUCAGGCGGGGACAAGGCUCAGGGGUCAGAGCACUCAAUAGAGCAGUUGGACCCCAAGACGCCAGGAUGGAUGCAAAGGGUGCGUGUAGGUGCUGCUGCUCCAGGCAGGCCUCCUUGUGCGGACAGGGUCACGACGCUGGAGAAGACCGUGAGGGAGUUUGCGGAGCAUCCAAGAGACAUAGUUAUGAUGCCAAAGAUUGGAACCAGUUUCGACACCCUCGGAGAAGCAUAUGACUUUUACAAUUUGUACUCAUGGAAGAAAGGAUUUGGUAUUCGUUACAGAAAGAGCAGGCUGAAUGUGAAUAGGACGAAGUGUAUGCAAGAGAUCGUGUGUGGAUGCGCGGGCAAGCCAAUCGUUGAGAAUACUCGUUCGUGCCGGUGUGAAUGCCCGGCCCUCAUCAGACUCCCGAGGACAAAGGACAAUGGAUGGUACAUAGCAGAGCAUCGAGAUGGGCACAACCAUGCAUUGUCACAAACGUAUGGCCAGACAAUACACUGGCCAUCACACAAGCAUAUUGACGUUUACAGCAAGGAUCUAGUUAAGCAGUUGAGGCAGAACAAUGUCAAUUUGUCAAAAGUCUACAGCAUUAUUGGAAGCUUUUUCGGAAAGAUGGAGAAUGUGCCAUUCACCAAGAGAGCUCUGCGAAAUUUGUGUGGGAAGAUAAGCCGGGAGCAGUCAGAAGAUGAUGUUAGGAAAACAAUGGAAGUGUUUCAUGAUCUGUGCUCAAAGGAUCCUCAGUUCACGUAUCGAGUUCAGGCGGACAAAGAGGGCAGGAUCAGCAACUUGAUGUGGGCUACAGGUAACAGUAGGCUGCAGUACAACUUCUUUGGGGAUGUCAUCACAUUUGACACAACCUAUAGGACCAACCUGUAUGACAUGCCAUUUGGGUUAUUUGUUGGAGUGAACAACCAUUUCCAGAGUAUCAUACUAGCUGGUGUGCUAGUUCGGCAUGAGACAGAGGAAACAUUUGAGUGGGUCUUCUCGGAGUUUGUGAGGAUAAUGGGGGGAAGGACCGUGGGACUCGCCCGGGGGCUACCAUCAUUGGGUGGCGUCCGGCGCGCCUUGCUUGCGCUAGCCCGCACAUGACAGUCCAGUCAGGCCCACCUAUCGGUGUCUUCGCCUGGAUGGCUCGGACCCGGACGACCCGGCCAGAAGGUCUAUGACGGAUGGACCACAUGCCAGCAUGGGGCCACCGUCAUUGGGCGAUGUCCAUCACGCCCACACGCGCUCACACCACACUUUUCCUAAAAGUAUGCUACCAAGCAAGAGUACGAUCCUCGGGACAAUUUGGUGAAUUGACCUGAGUCUCGGGGUCUAUUGGGAUUAGUGGUUUUGUUUUAUAUUUCAAGAGCAUCCUGGGUUUUUGGCCGGCACAGACCUUUUGGGCUACUGGCUACAUAUCUGGGCAGAGAAUAAAUUGCACCAACUGAAAAAAAAUCUGUGAAAAAUUGGUUUGCGGAUACCGGCUUGGCGGAAAAAAAUCGCGGAAGCCAGACAUUUACAUAGACAGCUCAAGACCGAGGUAGUGCGCACCACUAUGUGGUGUGGAAAUUAAUAAGAUAUUUUUCCAUUUUCAUCCUACUGAACUGUUUUUGAUUUUUGUGGACUAGACUUAAACCAGUUGAUCAUGUAUGUGUAGCUGUUAUCUAUUAAACCAGUUUCAUCCUAUUUGAGCUGUCUUCUCUGAAUUUUCAGAAUAUGUACUGGUCAUGUUGACCAUGUGGAUGGUUGUUCGAGUGUAAGAUGGUGUGGUGCGGAAUUAAAUUUGGUGAUGCGUGAAAUAUGAAUUUGUGGAAACUAAAA